CUUUUUGUGUUUAUUCGUACACAAAAAUAAAUAAACAACAAAGCAGUCACUUAUUCGUGGCCGGUUCAAUAGUUUCGGUGGGUUAGUACGAGAAUAGCAAAUAUACCGUUUUGCGUACAACAGUGAACAGUUCUGUUAGCCAAAGAUGGAUAAAUCGGCGCCCGAAUCACCGCUAAAAAUGUUGCUCAACUCUGCACCCCGGCAGACGAGCAGCUCAUUAACGCAGCUAGUAAAACAACCUCCACAGGCUGGAAUACUGAUGCAAACACCUGUUCCAACGGGGCCACAAGAGGCGAUCAAUUCAGUGCUUGUUAGAAACUGCGUAGCGACGGUAAGCGUGGGAUGUGAGCUAAAUCUGAAAACUAUCAACUUCCGUACGCGCAACUCGGAGUACAACCCGGCCCGCUUCCACGGUGUUGUCAUGCGGAUACGAGACCCACGCUGCACCGCACUGAUCUUUCGCUCGGGGAAAGUCAUCUGUACCGGAGCAAAGAACGAACAGCAGGCACAUAUUGGGCUUCGAAAAUUCGUUCGCAUUAUCCAGAAGCUUGGUUUCGACGUUCGGUUCCUCGACUUCAAGGUGCAGAAUCUAGUGGCGACGGCCGAUUUGCGGUUUCCGAUACGGCUGGAAAAUUUAAACCAAAUGCACGGCCAGUUUAGUUCGUACGAGCCAGAACUGUUUCCGGGGCUUAUCUAUCGGAUGGUGAAACCACGGGUAGUGCUGCUAAUAUUCGUCAAUGGUAAGAUCGUUUUUACGGGUGCCAAAAACCAGCAGGAAAUAAUCGAUAGCUUAAAGAACAUUUAUCCGAUACUGCAGAGCUUCCGUAAGAAUUAGCUCUUUGUUGCAAUAAUUACGAUUAGACUCAUUUAUGUACCCAAGACAGAUGAUCAAAUUCGAUGCAUUUCAUCAGUAUCGCCUGAUUAGUUUCAUUUUAAUAUUUUCAAUAGAUUGUAAAAAAAUAAUAAACAUACUCUUGUUUAACAUUAA